CGAUGUCAAAUGCUAAAAUAUUAUAAAGAUGAGAUUUUGAACUCUGCAAGUUGCAACAAGCACCUGUCUACUUCCGGGUCAAUGACCUUUACAGGGUCAUCUCUAUGGAAACUGGAUAAUAUUGCAAGGAACUCUGGGAUAGAAAUCUGCCAUUUUGGAUUUUAAAAAAUCAAAACAUUUCAUUUUAUCAUUGAUUUAUGGCAUCUUUACCUUUUUACGAGCUCUGACGUGCAGAGGAGAAGUUAAGUUAUUUAAUUGCCAAAAUGAACAAUGACAAGUCCCCGUGGAUUAGAAUCUCAUGGAAAAAUAAUAACUUCCAACCCAGAAUUACUACAAAUGUUAAAUGAGAGAACAAAGUCUAAUAUGUCAAAGAAACAAACUGCCAAAGUGUAUGUAGAGGAACCAGAAGAUGAUGAAGAUAAGUACAGAUUUGUGAGCAGCAGAAUUGAAGAUGAUGAUGAUGAUGAACCUUCAACUUACAGAUCUGAUACAUCCAGCAACAUGGGGCCAGCAAGACCAGAGACGUAUACACUUCCUCCUACGUCUCAAGCAAAACAGUCAUCCAAGCAUUACAUCAUGAAGAACAAAUCAAAUGCAACAAACGAGGACC